CGCUCACGGCGGUGAUGCUGCGGGGCUGGUGAAGCCGUUUGUUAGCCAGCCAGCGAGUCACCGGAGCCCCGGACAGAUGCUCACGGUUAUGGUGUUUGUCAGCGACGUUAGGCCGCGUUGUGUUGCCGCUGACCGACACACGAUGCUGCGGUAGCUGGUGUGUAUUCGUAAUGAGCUGCAGUGCCCACAGAGCAGCAGCGGGCAGUUAUGCUAACUAGCUGCGGCUAGCUUGCUCAACGCUCCUGCAUUUCUAUCGAUCACGGUGAUCUGUUCGGUCGUCAUGCUCGUCCUCUCCUCCGGUGUGGAUGCUUCAGUUAACUGCGGCCUAACUUUCCGCCUCGGGACAGAAAUAACCGACAGUUAGAGCCUCCGCCUGCUCAACAUGACUCACACCAAGUGAGCUAGCAGAGCUGACUGCUUGGCUAAGUUAAGCCUGCCGUUAGCGGCUAACUUAGCGGGUGAUGCUAGUAGCAGCGUCAGUCCUCGCCGCGGAGCUGCUGAAGCGAUGUUUGUCCGAUGGAGCUGAAGUGUCGCCCGGCUUGCCAAAGAUGACGGGCCGCCUGAGCCUGCUUUUUGUGCCUCUUUCAGCAGGAGGCGGAACAUGGAAGCCGAGGAAGAGUGGAACAAAGACCUGAGUGCUCACAAACUACUGGAUAAAAAGGUGCUCUGCAAGCAGAAUGGAAGGAUUGGUAUAGUGAGAACUCUCCACAGCCUGUUGAAAACCCAGAACACACUGCAGAUUCAGUCCAUCACCCGCUCAGAAUGUGCUGGCUCCUGUCCAAAUCUGAUGAUGAGUAGGAGCGAUCACAACGAUGCGAGGCCCGUCCCCGUGGCCCUCACCCCCCAGCUCCCCCCCAGAGCUCACCGGCCCCUCUGCAUGUCGGUCUCCUCCGACAGCAGCGGACGCUUCAAAGCUCUGGAGACGCAGGAGUGGAAGAACAACCUCAAAGCUCAGAUGGAGCAGGCCCACAGUGCAGGAGCUGCCAGCAGCACCGGCUCACUGGAGCGGGCGUCUCUGUUCUGCGCCUCGGCUUCCACCACAGCGUCCAGCUCCGGCCUGUCCAGCCCGGUGGAGAUCCUCAACAAGAGCAAAUCCUCCAGCCGCUUUUCGCUCUUCUCUCCACCCUGGAACAGCAGCUCUGAGUCGGACUCCAACCCUCCGUCUCGCUCGGGCUCCAAGAAGCUGCGUAACUACAGCAGGAGAGCCGCUACGGGGCCGGCUGGUGCCAGGGGCCCCGACACACCUGAGCCCAAACCCAGUGGCCCCGAACACUUCCAGUACUCUGAACCCGUCAUCUCCAAGGUGACAGACUACAUCUAUGUCGGCAACCUGAACGCAGCGUACAACGGGCGCACCCUCUGUCGCAACAACAUUGACAGCAUCAUCGAUAUGAGCAGCGUGCCAGGAGAACCGGGCCCCAGCCUCAACCUCAUACCGUGCACCUGUUCCCGCGGCACCCGCCACAGCUGGUCCCGCCUCAAGGUGGACAUCGGAGACGUGCCGGACGCGCUGGGCGACGGCCCGGCCCUGAAGCAGCGCUGCUUCGAGGACAUCAACGAGUGCAUCGACGCCUCCACCGAGAAGAGGAAGCGCGUCCUGGUGCACUGUCGAGACGGUUUCUCUCUGGCGCCGACGUGCAUCAUCCAAUACCUGAUGGUGAAACAGAACAUGAGGCUGAUAGCCGCAUACGAGCUACUGAGGUCCAAGUACCCGGUCAACAUCAGGGAGUGCCACCAAAACGUGCUGGUGAGCCUGGAGAGGGCGCUGCGGCCCGGAGGGAACGUCGACCCCGAGUGCUUCAAACAGGCCAUCUCUCGUAAAGUGGCGUGGACCUGAUUCCAUUUCCCAACAGCUGCUGCUCGAGGCUCUCUGAACCCCCCCACCCUCCCACGGUGUUAGAUAUUUUCCUAAAGACAACACGGGCAGCUGUAGACUGGUCAACUGGAUAUUACCAUCCUCACUCGAGCUCAGUGGUUGUCAAAGUUCCUAUAUGGUGUAAACUAACCUGUAAAUGUGACCCGGCUGUGACGCCCCUCCCCCUCCCUCACCCAACAGGAGACGCAAUAGACUUCACCGUCAUGUAAACAGCUUCUUGGUAUAACAGUGUCAUAGUGCUGGCUGUAUAGUUGAUAUAGUCCUGCUUCAGUUCUGUGCCAUGCUGUUGUGGUGGUGUUUUAUAUCAGGGGAAUUUCUAAAUGGGAGAUCUCAGGAGAUUAUUGAUGUCACUCCAGUACAGGGUGGGAAAUUACUCAGUAGAUUUAGUCCGUGCCCUCGUUCACACCUGGCACUAAAAUGCAUCUUGGUGAAAUGUUUGCACAGCACGUUGGCAGUGUGUCGCCGUGUGCUUUAGAUUUAGCAGCCGAUGCAAGUAGGAUUGGCACCUAUUAGGCGUUUUAUAAACUGAACGAUUGAAGCAUCUUGAAUUCACAUGAAGUGAGACAUCAGCAGCAGUUCAGAGCUGCUGACGUGGGCCUCAGUUCAGUCCACACCAACUUCAACUUCAGCUGCUCCUGAAGGUCAUCUCGGCUCUCAGAAGCUUCUCUCUGACCAUGAUAUGAUAAUCAUAACAACUACCUGUAAAGUGACUACCAGGAACUUUUAAGUGUUUAUGAAAGUCUUUUGAUCCCUCAGAUAUAUUAAUAUAUCAGCGAAAAAGCCUGCUAUCAUUAUAUAGGUAUUAUUAAUGCCUGUGCUCGGGUCCGAUCACACACAUGACUUCAUCUCGGUCGUCCUGCAGCCUCUCGGUCACCAGCUUCCAAAACAAAUGUGUUUGCUAGCAAAGAUCUUUACAACAGAUCACAGUGCUUUUGUCCUCAGUGGUGAUGGAAUCAACAAAAACAAAAGUUCCUUGUGCUCACUUUAAUUUAUCAAACAGCCUCUCUGAAUUUAUUGCUGCUGCUGAGCCUGAAUUCUGUUGGAUGCAUUCAUUAUUAUUAUAAGUUACAAAGACCCUUAAAGGAAUGAAAGUUUGGGUUUUCCUCUAUAAACUUUAAAUUUUAAGUUACAUUGGUUUAAGCCAACCUCAGUCCGGUAGAUUCAAUGAUGUGCAGGUUAACAUAAACCUGUGUGUUGUUGUAUUUUUAACGUUGAAGUGAAACUUGAACACAAGCCGUCGCUGGAGCUGCAUUUUAUUGAGAAACGUUUGCGAUGCCGGGUGUGAACGUCACCGACGAAAAAGAGAGGUUCUAGUCACUAUUUUGUUUGGGAGCGCUGUUUUUCUUCCUAAAAAUCUAUCUUGUUGGUAACAUGGCUGUUUGGAUGGACUCGACGCUGUGGAGGAAAAAAAAAAGAGUCAGUUUCCAGUCCUGUAAAAAAACUAAACUGCAACUCUGCUGCUGAAACACUGAAGCUUGGAGGAUCGUCUCUCACCGCUGACUGGAUUACUUCACUGAUUCAUCUGCUUCUAUCGCAAAAUGGAACUUUGCACACGUACACGUUUCCGAUCUGUUUAUGUUUUUGUUUUAAUUUUGUUGAGAUAAUACUUGAUGGAAGAUGAACGGCCCCACCUGUCCUCUGUGAGGAAGACUGUCGCCUGGUUUUCAGCCACAGUUUAUUGGUUAAACCUGCUCGCUGGUGCUCCGACUGUGGCUUUGUGAACUUGGACUUGUGUAUGCAGUGAAGCUGGGUGACGUGCAUCUCUGUGGAUUAUCAGUAUUAGUGUAUCAGUGCCACUGAACUUUACACUCUGAGAUGAUUUUGCACUACUCACAGGGUUGUCCUAAAUGCAACGUGUUGCCUUUUUAUUUUAGUAUUGUUUGAAUUAUUGUUGUUUUUGGGAGUUUGGCUGAUGAGAUUUCAUACCUGCAAGGGAGAAAUGACGAUCAGAUGUGAGCGUGACAGUUACCAUGUUUCAUGCUCAUUAGAAAAUAACCAGAUUAAGGUAACGGUUCAAUUAAAGUGUUUACAUGGUUCACACUAUUUGAUUUCCCUGAUGAGUUUACAUUCAUUUUUUAAAUAUCUCGUUAACACAAAAGUUUCUUCAAUUAUUGUUUGGUUUGGCUUUAUCCAGGAUCCAUCAUUAAUGAUCCCAGGACAUCAUUUUAUUAUCAUGAAAUCAUAUCAGUGAUUGUUGGCUUACAGAAUAACACAUAGGGCAGAAAAUAAUUAUACCAUUCAUUAUCACUAAAUCCAUUGAUUGUAUCUGAUUAAGUCUAAAAGACAAAAACAAGAAAAGUCGACAGUUCUAGGUCACAUCUUCAUCCCCCCAAUUAUUUACUUGCGAUAUGUAAGAAUUUCAGUUUAAAAGUGUCAAAAUUAAUAGAAACUAACAUUAAAAUGAUCAACCGAAUGUCAAGAAAUAAUAAUCUUAAUGUCACAUCAAAGAUGUUGGAAGUUAGCAGGUUAACCAGCCAGCUUCCUCAUACAACUCCCCCAGGUUCCUCUGGUGAUAUGCUGUUUGUAGCACAAAGAGGUGGACACUUCUUACAUGUUGCACCUUUAACUGCCAAACAAAACUGAAAAUUGUCACUUUGUGUUUCCGCUUUAAUUCAAAGAUUAAACGAUUACCAACAUUCUCUGUGAAGGAAUUAACAGAUAGUUUCCGCUGACAAGUUUUGAUUAAAGGUAAGAAAGUACUCGAGUAUUACUUUCCUCUCCAGCAGCCUCGGUGCAUCAGUAGAAACCUUAAUCAGUCAGUGAUGGUCUGG